UUGGAGCGCAGAGCGGUUUGGUCGUUCGUUGGAGGAGCUUUAGGGGUUUUCUCUCAACUGCGGCUUUUCAUUUGAGCAACAGCUUCGGUGCUGUGGUCAGAGAAACGGGCUAAGACUUCAGCUUUGGGUGAGAGAAAAUGGCCCGAACCAAGCAGACUGCUCGUAAGUCCACUGGUGGGAAAGCCCCCCGCAAACAGCUGGCCACUAAAGCUGCCAGGAAAAGCGCCCCCUCUACUGGCGGGGUGAAGAAGCCUCAUCGCUACAGGCCCGGGACCGUGGCACUUCGAGAGAUCCGUCGUUACCAAAAGUCGACCGAGCUUCUCAUCCGGAAGCUGCCUUUCCAGAGGUUGGUGCGGGAGAUCGCCCAGGAUUUCAAAACCGACCUGAGGUUUCAGAGUGCAGCCAUUGGUGCGCUUCAGGAGGCUAGUGAAGCGUACCUGGUGGGGUUGUUUGAAGAUACUAAUCUGUGUGCCAUCCACGCCAAGAGAGUUACCAUCAUGCCCAAAGACAUCCAGUUGGCUCGCCGGAUACGGGGAGAGAGAGCUUAAGUGAAGGCAGUUUUUAUGGCGUUUUGUAGUAAAUUCUGUAAAAUACUUUCGUUUAAUUUGUGACUUUUUUUGUAAGAAAUUGUUUAUAAUAUGUUGCAUUUGUACUUAAGUCAUUCCAUCUUUCACUCAGGAUGAAUGCGAAAAGUGACUGUUCACAGACCUCAGUGAUGUGAGCACUGUGGCUCAGGAGUGACAAGUUGCUAAUAUGCAGAAGGGAUGGGUGAUAUUUCUUGCUUCUCAUGAUGCAUGUUUCUGUAUGUUAAUGACUUGUUGGGUAGCUAUUAAGGUACUAGAAUUGAUAAAUAAAUGUGUACAGGGUCCUUUUGCAAUAAAACUGGUUAUGACUUGAUCCAAGUGUUUAACAAUUGGGGCUGUUAAGUCUGACCAUACAUCACUGUGAUAGAAUGUGGGCUUUUUCAAGGGUGAAGAUACAAGUCUUAACCACAGUGUAACUUACAGUUUCCUUAAAAAAGAAAAAAAAAAAGUAAACCUGGCAGCUAUAGAAUACACUAUGUGCAUUUAUAAUAGCUAUUUUAUAUAUUGUAGUGUCAACAUUUUUAAAUUAAAUGUUUUACAUUCACAAGUGGUGGGGAGUCUUGUCAUUAAGGUGUGUGUAAUUAGAGUCCAGUUGGUUUUCUCCUAACUAGACUGCACUUUUCAUAGUAAAUUGCUAUUCGUAUUAAUACCUUGCAUAAGUCCUCAUUCUACCACAUGAUAACUCUAGCUGAUAAUGCAAACACUAACUGGGGGAUUUUAUUUAUAAGGGCUCUAGAAUAAGUUACUUGCACCAGCAUCAUCUGUUACUAAUAUUCUAGUUAGUGCAGCUUUUCAUUGUGUUGUGGUUGGUUCCAUAACUAGAUUGAGUUUUUUCCCCCCCUCCUUUAUGAAGAGGAAACAAUACCAAGAUUCGCUCUUUUCCUUGAAGUUUAGUGUGAACUUGAGUGGGGGAGGAGCACUGCAGCUCCAGUUUAUUGGACCUGUGCCAAUUAGGGUGGUGUUGGGUUAGGUUACAUCUGGUUACUGUCCUGGGAAAAUCCCUUUUAUAGAGAUGGCCUUUUAAGUGGUUUUUAAAUUUAUCCUUAUAUCGAAGUUUUUAGGUAAGUUAUGUAUGUUGACUAAAUUUACAAAUAAACUUCUUUAU